AAACGUCAAACAAAAAACAAACAAAAAAAUUUAAUUUUUGUAUUCCUUAUAUUUUUUUUACUUUUUAACUUAAAAAUUCCAAAAAAUAGUCACAAAAAUGAAUGAAAACAAACAAGAAAACCUUCUCGACAAUCUAAGUUCAGCUAUAAAUACAAAAAACGAACCAGACAUCCUUAAAACCAUAGAAAUCUUAUGCGGCAAAGUUGAACAGGUAAAAAUACAAGAGGCAGAUACAUUUGAAGAACUUUUAAAUGGAAAUAAUGAAAAUCUACAAACCGCGGGGGCCGAAUUAAUAGCUGAACUGUGCAAGAAUGAUGAAAACAGAAUGGUUAUUGCAAAACGAGAAAUCGUCAAUAGACUUUUGCAUUUUUUGAAUUCAAGUUCACCUUUGUUGAUAUUUGCAACUAUCAGAGCCUUAGGCAAUAUUUGUUAUGAAAAUAAAGAGGCUUGCCAGUUGAUUGACAAAGCAGGCAUCGACAGUAUUUUAAGGUUGUUAAAAAACGAUUCCAAAACUGAUUUAACUAUAAAAAUUUGUGGACUCUUAAUUAAUUUAAUCAGUAGCGAUUCUUUACCAAAAACAGCAUUAAAUGGUGGGAUUUUGUCUACAAUUGAAACUUUAUUAGACAAAUAUAAGGAUAGUGAGACCCCACUGAAUCACCUUUUGAAUAUCACAAUAUUUCUCACUGAAUAUAUAGAUGAUGAAGAGUUUAUUUUUACUGAGAAUCUGGUAAAAAUUAUUAUAGAAAUAUUUAAAAAAUCUGAAAUACCUGAAAUAUGUGUCAUGUGCCUGGAUAUUCUUCUUCCUUUGUCAGAAAAGGAUGAAUUCAAGUGCAUUUUGGCUAAAGAAGGAGUUUGUGAAUUGCUAUUUCAUUUAAUUGAAAAAUAUAAAGAUAAAGCAAAUGAUGAAGAAGGCAGAGCCCUUUUAAAACAAGCCUGUGAUCUUAUAGUUAUAAUACUUACUGGAGAUGCUUGUAUGGACCUUUUGUACAACGAUGGAAAAGGAAAAACUUAUCAGAACAUGUUAGUUUGGUUAGAUUCUAAAGAUUCUGAUUUACUAACCACAGGUAUUCUCGCUAUAGGAAAUUUUGCCAGAAAAGACUCUUACUGUAUUCAAAUGGUCAAAGACGGAAUAGCCAAAAAACUUAUUGAUCUUUUAAAACAAUUUUCACAGCCUAGUGAUCCUUGCAAAAUACAACACGCUUUAUUGUGCACUUUGAAAAAUUUAGUAAUUUCAAAAGAAAAUAAACCACAAGCUUUAAAAGAUGGCAUAAUAGAAGUAAUGUAUCCAAUGCUAAAAUUCGAAGACAGAUAUAUUGUGGUUUUCAAAGUUUUAAGCACAUUUAGAAUAGUAAUCGAUGGUCAGCCUAAUGCGGCAUUGAAUUUAUUAUCCAGAAAAGAUUUCAUUGAACGUUUAGUGUAUUGCUGCUAUAAUUCGGACCAUUUAGGUGUCAGAGGUGAAGUGCCAAGAAGUUUCAGUUGGCUGAUUAAAAAUACUAAAUCCUCUGAGCCAUUUCCUAUGUUUGUAUCAGUAAAAGAUAGCACUAAGUGUAUAGUAGAAAUGAUAUCUUCAAAUCAUGCGGUGAUGCAAAAUGAAGCUUUUAUUGCACUUAGAAUUUUGGCAGUUGGUUUGCAUAAUUCGAAUAGUUUGGAUCCAUUUUAUACAUCCCUAUGUGAAGCUGCUUUAGGCAAAAAUUUCAACUUUGUCUUGAAUAAAUAUGGAGAAAAAUGGGACCAGCCAAUAUUUGAAAAUUGUUUAAGCUUACUAGAGAAUCUUGUUGAUUCAAAUGAAAUUGUAAAAGAUCUUAAAGACAAUGAAAUUGUUGAUAGUUUGGAGAAAUUGAAUAGCCAUAAUUGCUUGGACAGGGUGCAGAACCUAUUGGCGAUUUUAAGGAGAUAAAUUAUUUAUUGUUCAUUCCAAAAAAAAAAUAAUAGAAUAAUAGUUUAGUUUGCUUUAAAAAAAAUUCACACAAUUUUGUCAUGACACACACACACAUAUCUAAAUUUGAAAUGAGCUUUUAAAUAUGCUAGGUUAAUAUUAAAACUUGUUGAUUAUUAGUGUUAAAACCCUUAUGAGACCAAGAAAAACAUGUAGUGUUUAGCAUUUUUUUAGGGGCUUUUUGCAAUUUUACCAUUUUAUCAAAUCCAUUUUUGAAUCUUUUAGAUUUCUAGUUAAACUUGUUCGUUGAAAAUAAAGUAUUUUAGUAAGAA